AACAGUGAAUUGAAAGUACGCCAUAAAUAUGGCGCCAAAAUAGUUUUCAAGCAGAUGAUAAGAUCGGAUUUUUUUCCCCCCUUUGCCCUUUCUUCCAUGUCGGUGGUGUGGUUUUUAUGUUUUUCCUUCCAGCGGUGGGGAUACGUUGCAAGACGAGACCCGCCUGUGCGUUAGUGCAGAGCGGUGUGUGUGCGCGCAUUCACCGGCCAGAGCUGCGCGGCGCGGCGCAGGGGAGGCGAGCAAAGAGCAAAGCCUGGGGAGCAAGUGGAGACUAUCACAGCCCUCUGGGUUUGACUUCUGAAGGAGCGAUACAGCCUCUGACUCAUCCGGUGGAAACAUAUAAUCGCUUUUUAUUUUCUAUAUCUGCGCCCCCUUUCCUCUGAUUUCCCUGCAUCCUUCUCCUCCUACUACUGUUGGCUCUGAGGAGGAAAACAGACGGAUUUUUCACUCCACGUUUGGGUUGAUUUUCUUUUUUUCAUCUAUUUUUUUUGCAAAAUGCGACAUGCGCUCCAUGUUUGGCGUAUCUCGGAGCCUGGCACACCCGGAAUAGCCCUGCGUUUUUUUGCGUAUUGACUUUACCAGUCUUUUGCUCCACUUUUCUUUUGCUGGUUUCUUUUUAAGAGUGGGAUUUAACGCAUUUUUUUCUCUUUUGGAUUUGGACUCCUGUCGGUCUUUGCGGGGAUCCGAGGCGCUGUCAACGCGCACUGCAAAGGGGAGGGGAGGACAGGGGAAGAGGGACAGUCCUGUCACCCAGAGUGCUUCAAGUGUCCGGGGUGUGUGUGUGUGGAGACCGGUGGGGGGGGGGGGGGGGGGGGGAGAUGUUUAGCAGCACCAACCCUCAGCUGUUAAACUGCAUGUUCCUGCUCCAAAUGAUCUCCUAAAUCUAAUCUAAUCCAGGACCGAGGACAUCCGCGUAUCCAAAGCUGACUGUAAUCAAGAUGGAGAGUGAAAAGAAGAGGAGGAAAUACUCCACAAGCAGCAAUGACUCUGACACCACUGACAGUCAAGUGACGUCAUGGUCAAGGUCCUCCAAGAAUACCGGCACCAGCAGCACAUGGGUCCGUCUUCAGCACAAGAAACCGUCAGAGGUGUUUCGUACAGACCUCAUCACGGCCAUGAAGCUGCCAGACUCAGCCCAGCUCGGCCCAGACGACUUCUACGUGCUGUCAGACCCCUGGAGACAAGAGUGGGAGAAGGGAGUGCAGGUCCCAGCCAACCUGGAAGCCAUACCAGAGCCUGUGGUCAGGUCGCCGGCAGAGUCGACAGGUGGUGUGACCAUCGACGGUCAGCUGAAGGAGGGAGAUGCACAGCCUCCUCGCUCCCAGCUCCACAGCUGCUAUGACCUGGAUGACCUGGAUGUUGCCUGGCUGCAGCUGGUUAACCAGGAGUUCAGGCAGAUGGCCCUACCGGAGUUGGACGAGCUGACGAUGGAGUGUGUUCUGGUCGAGCUGGAGAGCGUGUGCCAGGAAAAGAUGCAGCAGGCCAUAGAGACGGAGGAGGGUCUCGGCAUUGAGUACGAUGAAGAUGUGGUGUGCGAUGUGUGCCGCUCGCCAGAGGGAGAGGACGGCAACGAGAUGGUCUUUUGUGACAAGUGCAAUGUCUGCGUUCAUCAGGCUUGCUACGGCAUCUUGAAGGUACCACAGGGAAACUGGCUGUGUCGGACCUGCGCUUUGGGGGUUCAGCCAAAGUGUCUGCUAUGUCCCAAGAGAGGGGGGGCUCUGAAACCCACUCGCAGUGGAACCAAGUGGGUCCAUGUCAGCUGUGCCUUAUGGAUCCCUGAGGUGAGACAAAGUAGAAAUAACUCCCCAGUUUACCAGAGUAAUAGGGAUCCAUAGUCCUUCAUUGGCGUG